GAAAUGAACUUCGACGAGUCUGGUUAUUAAAGGAGAAUAAUAAUGGUGACUUCACUAUUGUUAAUUUAAACAAAGGUGGAUUUGAUUUUACGCCGUUAAUUACAAACGUAAUUUUGGACUCCUUGGAAAAGUAUAAUCCAACUCAUCGAUCUGACGAAUCACAAAGAUUUACUAUAGAUAAUAAUCUUAGCAAUCCAGGUCAUGUGCUUCCUGUAGCCAUUGAGUAUAGUUUGGACAUUGGACAAAAUAUUAUCGCCGAAAUUGGGCAUUAUCAACAAUCACCAAUCGUUAUCAAGGAGUCCAAAAACUUUCAAUUGGAUUGGAAUAUAAUUGAUAUUAAUCCUUAG